GUGGCCGCGCAACAUACCGGAAGUAAGCAAACUCUGACUCUGCCAAGAUGUCUGCGCCCAAUGAAGACACGUUUGCCGAAGAAGUAGACGAGAUGGAGGAAAUGGACGAAGUCGGCAGCGAUGCCGAUGAAGGAGUAGAGAUGGAGGAGGACGGAGAAGGGGAGAAGAAAGUGUACGUCCCCGGGAUCGAGCCGCUUCAGCCGGGAGAGGAGCUGGAGAUGGACCGGUCUGCGUACCGCAUGUACCACGAGUGCCAAACAGGUGCUCCAUGUCUGAGCUUCGACAUCCUGAGAGACGCAGAUGGAGAAAGCAGGGAGCAGUUUCCUCUGUCCAUGUUGCUCUGUGCAGGAACACAAGCUGAUACAGCUCUGAAGAACAGACUUCUCGUAAUGCGCAUGCAUAACCUUUACGGAACAGAGAAAGAAAAAGAAGGGGAGGAAAGCAGUGAUGAAGACAGUGACGAUGAUGAGGAGGACGAAGAUAAAAAGCCACAAAUGGAACUGGCCAUGAUGCCUCAUUAUGGAGGGAUUAACAGAGUCAGAGUGACUCAGCGUGGAGAGCAGUCACUGGCUGCUGUCUGGUCAGAGAAGGGACAAGUAGAAAUAUUUGACCUCCGAUCUCAACUGGAGGCCGUCCACAGUUCUGCUGCCAUGGCAGCUUUUGUCAAACAGCAGAAGGAAGCUACAGCUCUCUUCAGUUUCUCAGGACACAUGAGUGAAGGCUUCGCAAUUGAUUGGUCGCCUACCGUACCUGGUCGUCUCGUCAGUGGAGACUGCAAAAAGAACAUCCAUGUGUGGGAGCCACAGGAGGGAGGGACUUCAUGGCAGAUUGACCAACGACCUUUCAGCUCCCACAGCAAGUCUGUAGAGGAUCUGCAGUGGUCGCCUACUGAAGCUACGGUUUUUGCAUCUUGUUCAGUGGAUCAGUCUAUUCGUGUCUGGGACAUCCGUGCCCCGCCCAACUCCAUGCUCUCAGCCAAUGAAGCUCACACGUCAGACGUCAACGUGAUCAGCUGGAACAGGAGCGAACCAUUCCUCCUGUCUGGAGGGGAUGACGGGCUUCUGAAAGUGUGGGAUCUGCGACAGUUUAAGACUGGGCGGCCUGUGGCGAACUUCAAGCAGCACAGUGCUCCCAUCACAUCCGUGGAGUGGAACCCCACAGACUCAAGUGUGUUUGCCGCGUCGGGAGCGGACGAUGUCGUCAGCCAAUGGGAUCUGUCCGUGGAGUCAUGUGAUGUGGGUGCCAGGACAGAGGGGAUGAAAGACCUGCCCCCUCAACUACUCUUCCUGCAUCAGGGUCAGUCGGAGAUCAAGGAGGUUCACUGGCACCAACAGAUACCUGGUGUGAUGGUCUCCACGGCGCUGUCAGGAUUCAACGUGUUCAGGACAAUAUCUGUGUAGUGUGGCCAUACAGCGUGUGUGUGUGUGUGUGUGCGUGUGCGUGUGUGUGUGCGCGUGUGUGUUGAGAGAAACAAAUGACUUUCCAUUUACAUUAGUAGUACACAUCUAAUGUGUAAAUAGCAGCAAAUCCAAAUAUUUGUUACCAUUAAGGGGCUUGUAAUAAUGUAUAUAACUCAGCUGUGUAGGUCAUAAUUCUUCUUUUUGACAUUUAUUGAUACAUGUAGGCGCCAUAUGGUGUUAUCUUCUCUGUUGAUCUUUAGGUCUGUAUGGUUUACAGAUGUUUUAGCUAUUUUAGGCAUUUCCUGUUGCAUGCUUAAAAUAAAAUGUUUGAAACCAUA